GCAAGAUGAGAUCCUUCUUAAAACUAAACUGGCUGUAGUUUAUAGUUUAUGCCGCGUGGAAUGUAUUUGUGCUUUGUGUCGGCCAGUGACGACGCCACAUACAGCUACAGUGGAGGUGCAAGUAUGGCGUGGUGUAGACCUACAUCAAUAUGUAUGUGACCCGUGGCUUGGCCCACCUUCCGCUGGCUUGUCAAGUCAUCCUGCAUCAAGGCAGGCUAGGCCUACUGUCUGCUACACCUGUGCUAUUGUGGCUUUUCCGCUGAACUCCAGCAGUUCCCAGGAACCGGAUGUCCGGAAGCUCCAGGACUCCAGGAUGCUGGACUUCAGUCCACUAUCAGUUGAGUCACAGAUUACAUGGUACCGAGCGGUGGGAGGUCACUUUCGCCUUCGCUGGCCGCCUCCGAGCGGAGCUUUCACUCACCAAUACUCCCGGACCGCUCGGACUGUCAACAUGGCGCUCAGUAUGAAGGUGACAUUAGCGCUGCUGCUGGUGGUAGUGGUGGGCGCCUCUUUGGCCCAGAGACAGCAGAUCUCUGACGAUACCCUGGAAAUGGCGCUCAAGGACAAGCGGUACUUCGAGAGACAACUCAAGUGUGCCCUUGGUGAGGGCGCGUGCGACCCUGUCGGUCGUCGUCUCAAGACAUUUGCCCCUCUGGUGUUACGCGGUGCCUGCCCUCAGUGCUCCGACCAAGAAACCAAACAGAUCCAACGAGUUCUUAGUCACAUCCAACGAAACUACCCGAAGGAAUGGUCCAAGAUCAUCCAACAGUAUGCCACCGGUUCCUAGUCUAGCUCAUUGUGUUUUUGUUAUCUCAUUAAAUAUUUUAUUGUUUUCA